GCCCGUCCUACUGCGGCCGGCUGUGGUGUGUGAUGGAGGUCUUCUGCUUCCUCGCGAUGGGCGGCAAGCCUGACGACAUCCACGUGCUGCUGCUCCCGAGCUCGAGCGGCACGAGCGUCGGCAGCUGCUACAGCGUCGGGAGCACACGCGAGCCUCCGCGAGAAGGACCAGAUCCUUGCCAGCAGGAGCCCGUCGCCGCGGCCGAGCAGUUGGGCGGCAGGGAGCGGUGGAGGUCCGUGCGGUCCCUCCUCCCCGAUCGGAGAGAGCACGAGAGCAGAUGCAAGAGCGACGCGCUCGGCAAGGGGAAGGGCGAGGCGUCGCUGAAGCGGGGCUUUGCCAAAUUCCGGCUCAGCCAAGCCGACUGCUCCCUUCCGGGCGACCGCACACGCAUGCUGGCGGCGCUCGAGUCUGCCUUUGGCGACGCUGCGCCCUUCAACCGGAUCGUGCGCUCGCUCCUGCACGGCAGCUCGCAUCGCUACGUCAGCUACACCAACCGCUCCGGCCGCUCCUGCGCCGAGCCGUCCUCGAACCGCGCCACGGCGCAGGCGAGCCUCGUCUCCAUCACCGCGGCAUCCGGAGAGGGGGGUUUGGAGAUGGUUGACAGAGAAGGGGUCGCUGAAAAUGUGAGUACGGUGGUUUAGCACUCGAGUCUCGACCUGGAGCGCACUUGUUAUGUUUACACAAGGCUAGUUCCAUUUC